GACGUAACGUAUUCUACAGCCAAUCAAAGUAGCCUACAAAGUUGGUGACGUCAGGGCGCUUUGCGUGCGCAGAUUGUGUUACGGCGGCUGCUGUUUGCGUUACACUAACGGGACGAGACGGGAUGGGAGUGACAUUGGAAACUAUCACCGAGGGGGACGGGCGCACGUUUCCCAAGAAGGGCCAGACUGCGGUCGUGCAUUACGUGGGGUCGUUGGACAACGGGAAGAAGUUUGAUUCAUCACGGGAUAGGAACAAGCCUUUCAAGUUCAUAAUUGGGCGAAAUGAAGUGAUCCGCGGCUGGGAGGAGGGUGUGGCGCAGAUGAGUGUGGGGCAGAGGGCGCGGCUCGUCUGCUCUCCUGACUAUGCAUACGGGGCGACAGGACACCCUGGCAUUAUCCCCCCCAACUCCACCCUGACUUUUGAUGUGGAGCUACUGAAGCUGGAGUGAGCAGCUCUCAAAGUGGGUAGGUGCUGAGGUUCCUGCCGAGACAGUUACCAGGGCAGAGAGUGCAGGACACAGACUGGACACAGCCUGACCUCCCUCCCCUGUGCCCCUUUUUCCCCACACUCUGCCUCUUGCUAGUCUGUUCCUUGCCCACAUCGUCCCCUUCCUUUGGGGCUGCAGUGUUUUCAGGCUCAAAUACAUUGGAUGCAUUUUUUGGGGGUGGGUCAAUUUCCGGACCAGAGCACUGACCACUCACAGCCAGUGAUGCAUCAGCCCUAUGGCCAGUUGGAAUUAAUGCUGUUACUUGACCGCCUUUCUGAGGGGACGUGACCCUAUUUGUGAUGGUGCCAGUCUGGCAGGGGCCCAAUGGAAAGUUUGCUGUUAACUCUUUCAGGGUAGGCUGGCUGUGCACUGCUAGGGGUGCUGUGGGUAAAUGUUUUUUCUUACCGAUCCAUAUUAUGGGGUGCAGUUGUCUCCUCUUCUCCUUCUUUGUGGCAGGACCCCACUGUGUAGGCAGCACGGCGCCACCCCCCACACAUAUUGGCCUCUAUAAUAAACUGCUUUUCUCUA